CUCAACUCUGGAUUAGGAUCUAAAACUAAAUCUGAGCUGAAAAUAUCUUCACUUAAGGGAGGGUUGAAGGAAAAGCAUCCAUUUUCUGUAUUUGAUUGUCCAAUUGAUACACUUGCAGAGCAGUUGACACUUAUCGAACAAGUAUGUCACAUAAUAACUUAAAAGUUUCAUUUUUUUUUCUAAUAGCAAUAAGAAGGCAAAAAUAUUUUUUUUUUAAUGUAAAUUUCUUUAUCAUUUACGAAAUAGACAUAUCAUAUGUUACAUAUUUAUUGAAAAGAAAAUGAUUGUAGACAUUCAAUAUUUUCAGGAAUUUUUUAGAAAAUGCCAUCCUGUUCAUUUUUUGAACUCACAAUUUCAAGGAGUUGGUGUUGCUCUAUCCAUGCCAGGUCUUAGGACUCCAUCAAUGUCAAGGUCAGUGACAUAUAGUUUCCUGAAAUGUUGCAUUGAAAUAGUGAGCCUAUUGUGCUUUGUGAUUCUGAAAUUAGGUUAUCAUAUUAUUUUUUAAAAUUAUAAAACAGAUUUUAUUAGUUAUGAGAUAGUGUUUAUUUAUUUUUAUAUAUAUUUAAUAGUCAUUUAUACAUUUUAACAUACACUUUUGCAGGAAAUCUGACCCAGGCCCUAAAAAGGGCUUAUUUGUAGGUGAACCUGUAAUCCCAUCAGGCCUUUUAGAUAUGAUUAGUCAUUCACAGGAACUUGCUCACUGGGUGUCUGCUGAAGUUCUCAGCUGUGGAUCAAACAAGGUAAGUAACAUCUCUGGUAAAUGCCAGUAA